GGGGCCGCAUGAGCACGACCCGCGGCGACCUGGGCAGCGCCGACCUGGGCGCGCAGUUCGUCACCUGCGACACGGAGCUGGCGGGGCCGCGGCUCAGCUUCUAUGAGGAACUUCUGUCUCACGGCAUCUUGACACCGCUGACUGCUCCCGUGGAAGGAAUGGUGGUGAGAGAAGGCUCCUACAAUUAUGUGGCACCCCAGGGCAUCUCCUCGGUCGUCAAGUAUUAUUUAAAAGAGUCAGGUGCAGAUGUCCUGUAUGAGCAGCAUGUAACUCACAUCUCUCUCCGAGGUGGGAAGUGGGAAGUCUCCAGGAAGGUGGGGCCACCGGAGCAGUUUGAUGUAGUUAUUCUCACCAUUCCAGUUCCACAAAUUCUCCAGCUGCAGGGGGACAUUGUAAACAUAAUUAAUGAAAGUCAAAAGCAGCAACUGGAAUCUGUGAGCUACUCCUCCCGCUACGCUCUGGGACUUUUUUAUGAAGCUGGUGCACGGAUUGAUGUCCCCUGGGCUGCUCAGUACAUCACUGAUAAUCCCUGCAUACGCUUCAUCUCCAUCGAUAAUAAGAAACGCAAUAUAGAGUCUCCUCAAGUUGGACCUUCACUUGUUGUCCACACGACUGUGACGUUUGGAAGUGAGUACCUGGAUUCAGACCCUGCAGAGGUGCAGCAGAUAAUUCUCAGUCACCUGGAGAGGAUUGUGCCAUCCCUGCCUAAACCAAGCAGCAUCAAGUGUCACAAGUGGAGAUACUCCCAGGUUACAAAGGCUGUGCCCAGUUGUCCAGGACAAAUGACUCUUCAUACUCAACCUCUUCUGAUUUGUGGGGGCGAUGGAUUCACCCGCUCCAACUUCGAUGGCUGCAUAGAGUCUGCCAUGAGUCUUGCAGAGGCUGUGAAGCCUCAUUUAUAGCAAUUUCCAAGUCAAAGCUGCUGAAUUUCAUCUAGAUUUAUGAUGAAUUUUCCUGUGAUGGAUUGAAUUCGAGUUUAAUGUCAACAUCACUGGCCUCUGUCUUGCUAAAAUAAAUAAAGGGAGAUGUAUCGGUGUGCUGUAAUAAUUACUGGGAUGGAAUUAAAUUGGAUUUUCCAGAA